AUGGAGGCUUCUUCAGCGCUUUUAUCAAGGCGCCGUCAGAGCGUCGGCGUCGGCGGCGCAGGGGAAGUGGCACUAAGAAGCGCCGCGGCGUUUUCUUUGGUGGCGGAAGCAAUUCGUCUCAUUCAUCCAUCAACUCAGACUUGGCCUAUGGAACGGGCUUUCUCUGUUGCUGGCUCUACUGUAUCUGGCGCGCAGCAGCCGCAGCAAUAUCCGGGCGCAGUCUCUGGCAGACGUUCCCCUAAGCGCCUCAAUGAGAAGAAGCGUGAUAAGACGGACGAGGAGAUUCUCGCCAUUGGCCGCCAACUCUCGGAUCUGGCACGGCAGUCCAACGAGGAGGACCUGCGCGCUGCUGGCAAAAACCGGCCUUCUGGACUAGCAUCUGCCGCCGCUGCCAUCACUGCACUACGAAAGAGCAGAAGAGACGGUAAAAAGCGAGGACUUUCCGGCUCCAAGAAGCAUCGUGACUCGUCUUCUGAUGAAUCAGACUGGGAGUCGGCAUCUGACGAUGACGGCGAUUCCUCCGAGAGCUCAUCCAGUGACGAGAGCGCUUUGCAUCUGGCCUACGGCGGCAACGAGUCUUCGCGUUCCAAUGUUGCCUUGGCUGGAGCCGCGGCAGCGGCUGCCGGCGCGGUUGCUGCUUCUGCCGCCGAGUCAUAUCAGACGGCUCACCGUCCGAUAGCUCACCGCAGGAAGAGCUCCGUUGUGGAUCCAAGGCUCUUUGGACCGGUCAACUCAUUACGUGGAUUGGUGCACACCCCCUGUGGGUUUGGAGACGAACAACAGCUAGCACCAUCCUCCACAGGCUCAGGGCGACAUAGUCUCAAUCGCUAUGAUAAUGACCGACCAGCUACCGGCGAAUCGCAGGCCGAUUCCGCUCAUCGCCCGGGAUCUGUCCCCCUUCAGCAGCCAAUUCCCAUGGUCCCUGUCUCAAACAAGGUCUUUGAAGCUGGCAGCCGAGAUUCUCGAAACAGCUAUCGCCGCCAGCGUUCCAAUGAAGAGAGCCUUGAUCCUACACUCGGCGGCGGCGUCGCAGCAGCAGCAGCCGCCGCCGCAGCUCGUAUGGCAGAUCGAAGAGGUCCCUGGACGGAAGACCGCAUUUACCGCGAUGAUGUGAAACGUACGCGCCCAGACGCUGAUGAAGAUUACUUCCAGCGAGACCAGGCGCCCUUUGAAGAGAUAGAGCGUCGGAGGGCGAAUCCGGAGGUGUAUUACAACCGUCGAAACGAUGAUGUAGAUUCUCCUCGAUCCGAGGCUACUCGCCAAAUGCCGGAUUACUUUAAUCAAGAUGCGCCUGGCAUGUCCAAGGAAAGUAGAUCCUGGAUGGAGCUUCAUCCACAAGAGCGUAAGGAGACUCUAAGGUAUCAGACAACACACGACGUCCACGUGGAGAGGCGUGAAGCAGAACUACGAGAAGCACAGAGACAACAAGAGCGGGAGCAGCAGCAGCAGCAGCAGCAGUCCACUCGUACGACAAAGGCAGGUGAUGGAAACAUUGAGAGGCCAACCCAGCCCGCUUCAGACUCCGAUAUUGACCCUUUCAAAUACCAGGUUGCCGAUGAUGCUUUCAGCACCCCCCAGUUCAAUACUCCCCGCCGGCCUCUAACACCCCAGGUUGUGACCGUUGAACGUGUACCCAAUUUCACUGAAUCUUCUCAGCCUCCGUCUUCGGGGCGACAGCAAUCGCGUCCAGAUAUCAGACUCAGCCGAAAGGAUACAUAUGACAUCCAAAUGGCAGAGGAGGAGAGAAGGAGAGGGAACGAUUCGGGAUCUCGGCAUAGAGACCCUCGAGAUAGCCACGGCUACGAAGAAGAGGAAAGAGAAGCUCGGUCCAUCCUAGACGAAGCUAAACGUUCAACGAUUCCAGUCGCUGCCGUCGCAGUCGCAUCCGCCAUUGCCGUUGAAGAAGAGCGGUCGCGAGAGCGCAGACGCCGCGACUACUCUGAUGAUGGCUCUCGUGACCGAAGCCGGCCCCAUAAGGAUGUCGUCCAGGAGGAAGCUGACAAAUACUACCGCGAAUCUGUUAUUGCUCGAAAGAUUGCUUCUGAUGAGAUCCGGUCUCAAAGCAAGUCUCCGGAUGGAUCCGUGGUGGACAAAUGGGAUACGCCGCCUGUUGAAGAGCACAUCACCAUCGUCACACCACCCAACAUGGAAGGCAAAGAACAUGAGGAUGACGACCCUUACGGUGCCCCUAAUGCCGAUGUCAAAAUCGACAAUGAGAUCUUCCCCUAUGAAACCGACAAAUUUAGAGCUGCCAAGGGGUCCGAUGCUCCGAGAUUCAGAUCCAAGGAUCCCUCAUGCGAGCGUGAACGCCCUCUUCUGAACAUUGUUCGUCCUACUCCGGUUCCUAGCCCCGAUUCUACGGCAGCGGCUCGUCGAGAACCAGAGCAGCCGACGGAAAUUCCUGCAUCUCGAGACAUACAUGAAGAAGAAUCACUGGCUGACUCGUCAGAAGAUGAAGAGGCCGAGUCAAAGGGCGAAGCGACUCACUCGUCACCGACUGGCAAGUCUGUCUCUUGGGGUCAAAACGAAAUCAAUCGCUUCGUGGUCGAAUCUCCUGAGGCUCGCAGCCGUGCCGAAUCCCCAAACGAGCUGGCUGAGGCGGAGGAAAAACCCAGGCCCCGUCUCAGCAAAUCCAGCAGAUGGGGUAAGAUCGCCGCCGUGAUCGCCGCCGGCACCGCCGAACCGAUCUCCGAGCUUGAUCGAAACACUGAGCCAGGCAGUCGCGAUCUUCCUGCCGAUGCGUCUGCUCCAGGCUCUGAUAUACCCGAUCCUGAGCCGGAGCAGAUGCCUGGGAGUUUUGAUGACGAAGAGUUUGCUGCUACUGUAGCGGCUGGCCUGGAGAAGACUGGGUUUAAUCCUAAUAUCGUAAUUGACGACCCGGCUUUUCGCCGCCGAAACUCUCGGCCCGAAACAAAUGAGACCCCCCUGCCUGCCAGUGAUACCCAAAGAGAUGAGCAGAGAGCAAGAGAGGAGAUAGAGGUCGAGGGGGAUCUCUCGUUGACUGAUACGGAAGACGAGCAUGAUGAGAAGACCCAGAAGCAGAAAAAGGUGAAAGCGCUGGAAAGAUAUCUUCAAAUGAGGCAGUCUGGCGAAAUCAAGCCCCCCUCUCAGCUGCAGGAAUCGGACCAGCCGCCAACCGUGGAAGAGCGACCAGUCACACCCCCUCAAAAGAGCAACAGCGAGCAGCGAAAGGUACUUGAGGCGUUUCUCCAAAAGAGACAGUCGGGAGAGAUUAAGCCACCACGAGAAAUUCUAGAAGCCAGAGAGUCGCGCGAAUUGGAGCCAGCCCCUGAGGCGAAGACUGGACCAGUACACGAAUCCGAUACCGAACGGCCACCAAUCAGGAAACUCGAACCGGAGGCUUUACGCGAACUAGAAGAGAACGCUUCCGACUUUGAACCCCCCAUUCAGUCAAAGAAGAAAAAGAAGAAGAAGAGACGAGGUCCUGAUGACGAAAACUCCAAGUUGUCCAUUCCUGGAGACGAGGCUACAGAGAUCUCCAGGAUUUCAGUACCUGGCGACGAAGCUACCGUCUUUAGCGUCGAGGAUUGGGAAGACUGGGACAGUUCUCCUGGGGCGUCCACAAGAAGGUCGUUAUUGGCUGGAUCAGAGAUGUCGACUUCUAGCAGAAGGAGCACUCGAUUAAGGCGCCCGCGUAGUUCUACUUUUGAUCUCCCUGAAACCAACGGCAGCGAGCAUCCAGGGGAUGAACGUGAAGAUGACCGUGGCAUGAGCUCCGUAGUCUCGGAGCCUCACGAUGAAGAAAGGAAGCCAAGAAGCCGGGAGAGCAAAUCUCUACGACAUAAUGAUAACAGCGAGAAACAUGUUUCAUCGCGUAAACCCCGCAAAGUCUCUGGCAACAAGAAGCCCGGCCUAUUCUCAGGCAUGUUCAAUAAACCUGGCGGCAAAAACGACCGAACAGAGGUCGUUGAUGAGAAGCGAAGUUCUUUUUUUGAGCAAGCCGACACUCUAGGCGCGGGUGUCGGCCCAGCGAGCCUUGCUGCCGCCGCAGCAAUGGCCUUGAACCGCUCAAAUGCCGCCGAUGUCUCCUCGGAACCGGAGAACAUCUCGCGAGAACUCUCUGGCUCGAACCAAGAGUUUAACGAUCAUUACCCCGUGAUUGCUCCUCGGGCAAUCGCAAUUGACCCUCAAUACAGAGAUUUGCUUCCUCUGCCCCCAAGCGAACCGGGAAGUCCCGUGGAGAGCGACUUUGGUGAGCUACCCGGUCUGCCUGACAGUCGCCCUACAUCGCCGAUAGAAGGUCGAGACCGGAGAUUCGACAAGGUUCAUCGCCGGCAGCGAAGCAACCAAGAUCUAGCAGCAAGUGCCCGCAACCGAUCACACAGCAACACCGCGGUGCCUCUCGCAGCACUUCUCAGGGGCAUCGGAUCUGGCCCUCCCAGCCCUGUUGCCAACAAGCCUCCCCGUACCCCUCCCCGUCCAACUUCCUGGGACAGCACCAAAGAGUUUAUGCCUCUGAUGCUUCUUGAGCAUUCGCGACGAGGAUCCCUCGACAGAAGCGUGAAAAGUGAAGAGCUGCCGCCACUACCCCCUAGCGAGGUGACAAGCGAAGCCGAGGGUGGAGAUGGCGAAGACUUUCGAACCCCAAUGCCUUACCCGGACGACGAUUUCCGGCUUCGACUCCAGACUGAAGGUCUUCCAGCCGAGAGAGCUGUUGCAUCGGGAGAAUCCGAAGGGUCUACGCCAAAAGCCGAUCUGGCGUUUGAGCUGCCCGCUGGACCUACUGACAACGAUAGGCGAUUCAAUGACGACUACGAAAGUGCUCCCGUCAAGUCAACAUCUUCAUCAGGCCAAUCGGCUAGGACAGUUGACGCCCAGGCCAUACCGAGCCCCACAACUCCUACACGUCGACGUUCACCCCAAAAGGACGCCUAUCUACGCCCCGACGAAUUAACAUCAGCAGACGCUUCCGAUGACUUUGAAACCGCACGCACCUCUCCUGCUGAUGUACACGACGAGGAUCUAUAUGAACCGCCACUCAUUGAGCCGUCGAUGCUCGGCGCUAUCCCUGAAUUUUCAAGACCCGCAAAAUUUUUUGAGGACAAGGUACCGGACCAUUCAGCACUGGCAACUAUGGAUAGGGUGAUUGAGACUUUGCCUAGCAAUGAGAGCGUCCCAGAGGACCAGACCCGCCAGGGGAGCCGCAACUAUCCGGACCUGCAAUCAGAAGCGGCCCAGGAGUUACCAGACAAGGGUAAGAAGUCCAUUUCAUCAGACGAGCGCGGCCUAUACAUGCAGCCUUCAGCCGAGGAAACGGCGGCUUCAUUCGUCGAAGUUCCAGAAAUAAGUUUCAACAAGGGCUUUGGUCCAGAUGUCAAAUGUAUCCCAUCAACCGAGUCUCUUUCAAAAGAUUUGACCGAAGACAAGGCACUGGCGCCAGAGAUGAUCCCAAAACCAGUGGCCGUUGAAGACGAAUUGGAGCUCGAAACUCGUACUCUUGAGCCGGAAUUCGAAUCAAUUGCUGAAGAGAUUUCUGUUUUUGAGCCACUCGACGAGGAUGUUGAAGCACCAUACACUGAGCCUGUCGAUAUUAUACCCGUGUCUGAUGAGAUUCUGUCUGAUCCGCUUGCCGAAUCAACUCAAAGAUCGCAACCGGAAGAAGUUGAAGAAAUUAUUGUCGGUACUAUCCCCAAGGCGGCGCCUCAUUCGGCCCCCGAGGCCCCCGUGCAAGAAUAUCCAAAGAAGCCUGAUGUAUCUACGGUUAUUGAAGAUUCAGAUGAUUCGGAGGAAGAGGAGGAAUCAGAUGAAGAAGAAGACUCUGACGAUUCUGAAGACUCUGAAGACUCCGAUGAGGAGGAGGAUGAAGAACUUGGACAUUUGGAAAUCGCGAAACGUGUUGAUGAAGAUGGUAAUGCAAUUCGUGAUAUGACGGCGUCUAUUGAUUCUCUCGGAGCUGCAUCUGUUAUUUCAUCGAGCUCUAAGAAAAAGAAGAAGAAGAAUAAGAAAAAGAAGAAGAAGAAGAGAAAGAAGAAGAAGAAGAGCAAGACUGCAGCCGCAGCCGCAGCCGCCGCCACCGCAGCAGCCCUGGCAGCAGCAGAGGCCUCCACCGACACAAACGCUGAGCCUGCUACUGAAACUACUGAGCCUACUGUCGCACCAGUUGUGGACUCUGUCACCGAGACCACUCCCAGUGAACUUCACAAUCCCCCUACCGAGCUUGGGAGGAGCGAGGUUGAGCCUACCAUCGGGCCUUCAAUCGAGCCGACGCCUGCUGAUGCAAUGGAAGUGACUGAAGAGACACCUCUUGACGUUGCUAAAGACUUUGUUGCCUCUGAGUCAGCGACUGAGGCCCCGGAAAAAACCUCACGUGAGGUUGCAGAAGAAUCCACAACUGAGAAGACGCAAGGAGACGCUGUAACCGCUGAGCCUGAAACUACCACUUUGGCGGAGACCGAGGAGCGACGAGAUAUUCCAUCGGGUGUCGUCGAGAAUGCCAGCGAGGAAGCAGAUGAGCUUGCCAAGUGGGCCGCUACUGAUAGCGAGCCAAUUCCGCAUUCCGACCAUCGAGGCGAAAGGGAGAGCUCUCCAGUCGAAGACAAGGCUACUGUUGUUGAAGAACUAAUUGAAACUCUCCUUCCCUCGCAAGAAGAAACCUCAGCACCCGCCGAUGUAGAGUCUCAGCCAACUUCUGAAGAGCUUGCCGGUGGAUCGGCCGGACAAGAGCAUCAUGAUGCUGAUGUCGAAGAUCGAGAUGCUCUUGUAGCUGAUGUGGUGCUUCCAACCGAAGAAGAGACGCCGAUUAAUCCUCCUGCUGUAACCGAUGAGCUCGUCGCGCCAGAGACUGAAGACUCACAUACUUCCCACGCUGAUGAGCUCGCGUCAGUUCCACAAGACGCAUCUCCUGCUGUCGAUCGUGAAUGGGCUGGAGAUGAAAUAAAAGAGCAAGAUUCAGAGGAGGUAGUCGCCGAUCAGGACUUUGAACAAACAUCGCCGUUCGAACUACCUACAAUCAUGGAAGAGCCUCUCGAAGACGCAAGUGCUACGGAAAGCGAUGACUUUGAGAAAACAGAGCAAGAUGCUCCGACCUACAGUGAUCAAUUGUCCCCUAUACUAGAGGAGACCAUGGAAGAUCUAUUGGAAGAGUCAGCUCCUGCAGAGAUGUCUGAACCAGUGAGCCUGGGAGAAGAUGUCGAGUCAAAGCCAGAGCCUGUGGAAGAUAAACUGAUUUAUGAGAUUGAUCAAACUGAGGAUCGACCAGACACCGAGGAUGCUGGGGAGACUAAAGACUUGGAGCCCUCUUUUGAACAGCCUGAAGCUACAACCGCAAUCGAAGAUGUCGUCUCAGCAGAGCCAAAGAUGGAUGAGACUUCGCGAUCUAUCGAUGAGGUAGCGGAGCCAGUGGGCGAAAAAGAUACUGAUCGACCUCCUCAGCUACCUUCCUUUGCCUCUGACAUUUCUGAGCCAUUGUUCACUCAAGGUGAUGCUCCGACUGAGUAUCCCACGCAGCAGUCUCCUAGCUAUGAGCCAACGCAGAUGGAUGAGAGUUUUAUAAUUCCCGAGGAGUCUGCUCGACUGCCAACGGAGGAACAAACCGAAUCAACUGAAGCUGUAAAGGCGCCCUCUGUACUCGAUACUGUUGACGAACUCGAAACCGAGGCUGAGGAAAACAAGGAGCGCUCUGCUGAUGCCAAUGAUAUCGUUCCUUCUGAAGAAGCCAAGGAUAUUCACGAGCAAGAAUCUACGGAGACCCCGGAUCUUGGUCUUCCGGAGCCUGAGCUCAAAGAAGCCGAUUCACCAGCAGAGGAAGAGAAUAACGACGAAAAGCAAGAAAGUUCUAUCUCCCACCUUGAGCCAGCAGAGCAAACACUUGAGCCAGCAGAGCAAACACUUGAGCCAACAGAGCAAGCAAUUGAGCCAACAGAGGGAGAGCUUGAGCCUGAGAUUACGCCAAAUGAGUCCGUGGAAAUACCAUCUCUCACUGAUCAUCAAACUCCGGCUGAUACUAUGCCGGAGACGAGAGAGCUCGCUUCAGCAGAUGAGAGCCGGGAAGCAGAAAAUCCCGUGCUUAACGACUCAGCGCCUGACGCUGACUUAGCUGAAGUAGCGCCUGAGGAGAGCUCACAAGAUAAUGCGGCCAUUGAACAACCCUCUGAUCCUGUCUUGGAACUGGAUGUAGUGCCCCCAGCAGACAAAACCGAGCUAGGCUCACCGAUUCUUAAGGAGCUUGAAACCAAAGAUGAAGAUUCUGUUCCCUUAAAAGAAUCUGAGACUUUGCCACCUCAGGAAGUUGACGAGAACGCAGAUCUGGAACCAAAGCCAGACCAAGAAGCCAGUGAUGAUGGGUUGAAACCACCGGUGGACAACACUGUCUUGGAGACUGAGAAAACUGGAGAUCAAUCAAGAGAGGCUGAUGCCGAUGCUGCUAAACCUGAUAUUCCUUUAGAGACUGGACCUGCUGAGGACUCUCGAUCAACGCACGAAGAGGAGCUUCAGACAGAGGUGGAGGGCAACGAUUAUGGUAAUGUCGAUGGACAAACGGAAGAGGAGAAAGCGAACGAUUCUGAGCAAUCUGUAGAAGUUGUUGAUUCGACCAAUACUUUAGACGCCGCAGUGGAAACCAACCUUCCACAAGAAUCUAAUAUGACAUCUGAACUGGAACAACCUACACUGGAAGCUGAACUAGAAGCAUCACCAAUCACGCUACCAAACGUGGACGAGGAAAUGGAAAGGGAGCGCCUCACUCAAGAUGCAGAAUCUGGACAUCUGGAUCUCGCUCAGGAUGGUGCUAUUGCCCCUGUAAGCACAGUGCCAGAAACUGCCAUCGAGGAGGUAGAACGUGCUCCUGAAGCCAAGGAUGCUUCUACGGAGGCCGGCGAGCUUCGUGCUAAAGAAUCUUUGGAGCUGCAAGAGGGCAAGCCACAAGUGGACGCAGAGAUGACCGAGCCUACAAGUGACGGUCAGGAAAGGAGUGUGGCUGAAAACCUAAGCCAAAUCGAGACCCCGGCAGAGGGUGUCAGGGAUGACACGGUCGACACUACAUUGAUAGACUCAGGUCUUGCUACGAAUACCAGCUACAUUCCACUUUUGGAUAAAGAGGAAGAGCUUCCUGGCAAGAUACUUUCUCACCCUCUGGAUAUAUUUGAAUCUGAUAUUCCCGACGCUCCUAAUCCGAUCAACGUAGCCGUGGAAGAUGCCGAAGCGGAAGCGGCUGACAAGAAUUUGACAGAGGAAAAGGAAAAGCCCUCGAAGGAGCAGAUCCUCUCUCACCCUCUGGACAUUUUCGAGUCCGAUAUUCACAACACGCCUAAUCCGAUUGACAUAACUGCUGAAGAUGCGGAAGCGGAAGCGGCUGACAAGGAUUUGAUUGAGGAAAAGGAAAAGCCUUCGAAGGAGCAAAUCCUCUCUCACCCUCUGGACCUUUUCGAGUCCGAUAUUCACAACACUCCAAAUCCGAUUGACCUAGCCGUGGAUGAUGCGGAAGCGGCUGAGAAGGGUUUGACUGAAGAAAAAUCCUCGGAGGAACGAGCUGUAACUGAGGAUGAACCCCAAUCUAAAGAUCUUCAGCCGGAGUCGGUACAAGCCGAAGAGCGUCAGCCUGAGUCUAGGGAACUUCAAGAGGCUAUUCCCCAGGUGGAUGAAGCUACGCAGCAAAAUACCACUACAGAAGAAGCUAGCGUGGAUCCAAUCUUGCAGAAGGACGAAGCUGAACCUGCUGCGGAACUGGAGCAAUUGCCGCCUGCCGAAGCCAUCAGCCAGCCAAGUGAAGAACAACCUACCGAGCGGGUCAGACUGCCUGAAUUUACUUUCCCAGCCAAGCCUGCACAAGGAUCUUCUAGGAGACUUACUGAAGAUUCCAUUGAUCCUCUCGACCCUGUACCUCAACGGCCUUCUUCCUCAUACAGACAAGAAAUACCGCCUCGUAAAAGCACAUUCCUUCUGGCUCCACCUGAGCCUGAUUACGGAGAGACAUCAGCAAGCGAGUACGGAGACAGCGAUGAUGACUCCGACUCCGACAACGAUACUUCGACUAUAAUCUCCGAUACUGCAUCACUACGAGGGUCGAUAAGACGGUCUAGACAUCCGAGACAUAGUGAGUCUACAUCAAGCCUUACUGGCUUCGAGGUAACGGCGGUUCCGUACGCAGAACAACAUGCCCACCGGGCUACUCGGUCGAAAAAGAAAAAAGGAAAGAAGAAGAAGCAGAAACACAAGCAUAAGCGUAAGAAGUCGACAGCAGGGAGUGAGCCAUCAUCUUCACACAACAGUCUGGGUGAGCAAACGGGACAGGGAGAUGGUGCCAACAACAAUCCUCCCCCACCACACCCUGAGAGAGAAGCACCUCCACCCCCUCCUCAAAGAGAAGCGCCCCUACCUCCCGGCGAGAUCAGUGUUUCAGAACCAACCACUGCUCUACCUGAAGCCUUAGAGAAGGUAGAGUCUGAGCCUCGCGAGCUUGUGAGAUCUGAUUCAGCCGAGAACAAGUUUUCUGAAUCUGCCAAGAACGGCGAUGCAUCUCUAGCCCCCAUUCUUGAGGAGGUUGUGGCGGAAGAACCUGCGAAUGCCGAUUCCAAGCUAGCGAACGAGCCUGAGUCAGCAAAUCGAGAUGCACCCUCAACAGCUGCCCCUGCCCCUUUAGGAGAUGAAUCGGAAAAUCCAUGGGAUCUGUUUACAAAUAAAUGGGAGAAGCACGGAUCUGCUACGCAAUCGCAAGAAGAGCUUGCAGAAGGCCAUAUAAUCGAAGAUGCGCCCUUCGUUGAUGAACCGUCAGCUAUCUCUACGCCUCAGCGAAGGAGCAGCCAAACAGAGCAGCAGAUAAUGGCAGGCAAUGUUGACAAUGCUGUUGAGCCUUCUUCAGAAGAGCAUGGCGACAAGCAGGAUCCCUCCGUUUCUAGCCCCAGCUCAUCAAUGGAGAGGGGUGUCCGACCAAGUUCAGCAUCUAGCCAAGGAAGUGAGAGAUCUGGCCGACCUUGGUUCACAGGGAUCAGCGGAAGCGUCUCUCUCAUGGCUGAACGGUUUGGUGGUGCCAAGAAGAAGCCAACAAGGGACAUAGAUAAAGACCCUAUACCUCCAGACAGAGACCCCAUACCCUCAGACAAAGAAGACCCUAAAGACCAGUCUUUUUUAGGGAAUCCAGCUCCUCGGAAAAGCGGUGACGAGAGGAGCUGGCAAUUAAAUCAAGUACAAACGAUUGACGAUUUCUUGGAAAGUGGCAACGGCCCCACGACUCCCAACAAGCGUAAGAAGCGCCAAUCUCAAUCCAUCAGGCCUAGCACACCAAAGAGAAGCGAAAGUAUUUCAGAAGUCAUAAGUCCUGAGUUAGGUGGAAAGAAGUUGCGCAGAAGAGAUGCAUUCAAAGGAGAGCGUGUCGGGAGUGCAGAUAUAGAGGAAGCAACAGAGCUCUUGGAGUCACUUGGGCCCUUUGAGCUGCUUCGACGGAGUUCCCAAGUGGGGGAUCCUAUCGGUGGACUUCUCCGGGAGGCGAAUGCGUCGGAAAUCUCAGUGCUUCCCCCAAUGGAACUGGGUGAAUUCUCUGACUACGAAACAUCUGAUUAUAGGCUGUCACCCCCGCGAACUUUGCCUUCAGUUGAAGAGCUGCCAGAGCCAGAGGCGGAAGCGGAAGCGACAGCGUCGGAAGUUGGCUUCUACAGAGACAGUGACUUCUCAGAAAUCCUCUCCAGCCGAUCAAGGAGACACAGCACAAGCACGAUACCCAUUGGAGACGACGAAGAGAAGAUGCGCGAUAGCGGAGUUGACGGUGACUGGAUAGAAGCAGCCAUAGCAAAGCUCAAGACUCCCGAACCCGUAAACAAGGCACCAGAUCGACCGCUUAAGAGGCGCCUACGACGGUCUACGUUGGGAGGUCAGAGACUAGGAGAGACGUCGCUACGAGACGCGGCUCAAGACCCGGAAAAGAAGACAAUACCGGGAACAAGGGAAAGAGUGUUGACGGGAACAGGAACACGACCGGAGACUCCGACAGGGAGAUCCAGUCCUACGAGGAAAGGUUACGGAGCCAUCGCUGGAAUGGGCAUCGCACCACGACGACUUUCGACAAUAUCGCCAAUACCGUCGCUGUCGGAUCGAUCCGACACUCCCCCGAUGCUGAGACGAGCAGCAACCUCUUUCAGCUUCUCACCGAUGACAGGCCCCCCACCGACAGGGCCCUCACCACCGGUGGCAGGCCCGCUGCGAAGCCUACGACGAGCCGUCAGCGCUCAGAUUGCGCCGGGCCUGCAGCGCCCAGAGUCGCCGGCGCUCAAGGCGAUAUCGACGGAGCCGCAGCCACGAAGCGUCUCGGACAGCCAGAUCCCGUCCGCCACGCGACACCAGCCAGACCCAGCGCGGGCCGACCCCAGCAAUGGCCCAGCGCCACAGUCCCCGCCCAAUAGCGGCGCGGUGCGCCAGCGGACCCCUGAACGGCGCAAACUCUCGCUCCAGGCCGACGCCGUCAGCGGCAGCACAGUGCGAUCGUCGUCCAUCCCGACGCCGGGGCUGCGGCGCGCAGACAAGCGCGGCGGCGACCUGCGAUCGCUGCGCCAGCAAAACUCCAGCAGCGCGUCGCUUCCGGUGGCCAACGAGGGCCGCGUGCGAGCCAAGGACAAGACCGAUGUAUUUGAUGGGCUGGGCGAGGGCCAAUUUGGCUCGCCACGAUCUCCCACAAGGCCACACAGCAUGCGUCGACGCCAGAGUAUGCAAGUCCUCGAGCUCGAGGCCAGAGUCGAGCAGCUCAUAGCAGAGAACCGUCUGCUCUCCGAUGCCCGCCACAGCUCCGAACAGCACCUAAGCCACCGUGUUGUCACCGCUCUUUCCGACCGUGACACGCAGAUUGAGGCUCUCAACCAGAGACUCAAGUUCCUCAAGGGCGAGGUUUCUCGCCUGACCGAGGUCAAUGAAGGCCUCACCAGCGCCAACGCCGAGCUGGCCAACAAGGACAACAGCCGCUAUGCAGAUCUACAGGUCUACGCCGACCGUGAUGGCAACGAAGCGGCUCUCAUGCAGGCUCUGCACGAGAAAGAUGCACAGAUUGCCGACCUGACGACCAAGCUGGAUGCUGCCAAAGAGAGAAUCCGCGAGCUGCAGCGCCAGAUUCUCGAAUCCAAGGCUGCCGAUGUGCAGUUCCUCAACAUCAAAGACGAAGACUACUUUGAUCAUCGCUGCCAACAACUAUGUUCCCACGUUCAGCAAUGGGUUCUUCGCUUCUCCAAAUUCUCAGAUAUGCGAGCCUGUCGCCUGACCAAUGAGAUCAAUGAUGAGAAGAUCAUCGACCGGCUUGACAAUGCUGUCCUAGAUGGCUCUGACGUCGACAGAUAUCUCAAUGACAGAGUCAGGCGGCGUGACAUCUUCAUGUCCAUGACCAUGAACAUGAUUUGGGAGUUUGUUUUUACUCGGUACCUGUUUGGAAUGGACCGAGAGCAGCGACAGAAACUCAAAUCGCUGGAAAAGCUGCUGACCGAAGUUGGCCCAGCACAAGCCGUACGCCAAUGGCGUGCUGUUACCCUUACGUUGCUCUCCAAGCGUGACUCAUUCAAGAGGCAACGAGACCUGGACACGGAGGCUGUCGUCCAGGCCAUCUACCAAACCCUAUGCAAGGUCCUCCCGCCGCCGUCCAACCUGGAGGGCCAGAUCCAAGCCCAGCUGCGCAGGGUCAUGCACGAGGCUGUCCACCUUUCCAUCGAGAUGCGGACGCAAAAGGCCGAGUACAUGAUGCUGCCGCCCCUCCAGCCUGAAUACGAUGCAGACGGCGAGCUUGUACAAACUGUCCAAUUUAACGCGUCCAUGAUGAGUGAGCGGAGUGGAACGCUGAAGCUCACCAAUGAGGAGCUCGAGGCCCGCGGCGCCAUUGUGCGCGUUGUCCUCUUCCCCCUCGUUGUCAAGAAGGGAGACGACGAUGGCUCCAACGAUGAGGAGAUUGUGAUCAGCCCUGCUCAGGUCCUGAUUGCCCGCAGCAAGCUCACGCGCCAACCCACGCCAUCUGACGGGGGGAGAGCUUCUACGGGCACAGGCCGUCUGAGCGGCGGCACCAACUCGCCCGAUACCAGACAGGCGAAUGCAGUCUAA